AUGCAGGGCGUCGAGGUCGCGCCGAGGCGGCCGGCGAGGCCGCCGGAGCCGGAGCCGGGCCCCGCGGAGCAGGGCGGGCCCAUCCUGUUCCCGAAGUACAUGCUGCUGCACAAUUGCCACCUGAAGACCCGGGACGUCCUGAGCUUCCACGCGAAGCAGGACGCGGCGAGGGCGGCCGGGGCGCAGGGCACGGCGGGCCUCGGGUGGCCAGCGGCGGGCGCGGCGCAGCCGCGGCCGAUGUCCUUCCGCGAGGCCUCCUGGGGCGCGCCGCGCCUCCGGCAGGAGGGCGGGGCGGCGGGCGGCUUUGCCGCCGGCAGCACGCUGCCGGCGGGGAGGUGCCAGAGCACGUCGAACCCCUUCGGCUGA